AAAGAGGGACCUCACCCCGACCUUUGACCCCGACCCGGCCCUCUCCUCCUCCUCCUCCUCCUCCUCCUCCCCAGUGCCUAGUACAGAUUGUCCGCCACAGUGUGAGAUCCACAUUUUCUUUCUACUCCUGGGAAGGGAACCAACCACACAGACGCUAUUUAGAUUUCUUAAAAGCCGCCGGGGCAAGUGGAGAUGACACGGUACAUCGGGGAAUGGAGAGGGCACAUUCGCAACUUGAGAUGAAACCAUGAAGAGAAAGUAGAAUAGAUAAUAAUGCUUUUCCGAAAUCGCUUCUUGUUGUUGCUGGCCUUGGCUGCCUUACUGGCCUUUUUGAGCAUCAGUCUACAAUUCUUUCACUUGAUCCCGGUCACCCCUGUCAAAAAUGGGAUGAACGCCAAGAGCCGAAAGAGAAUAAUGCCCGAUCCAUUUACUGAGCCUCCCGUAGUGGAUCCUAUUUAUGAAGCUCGAAUUUACUGCAAUAUCCCAAGCAUAAUGGAGCGCAGUGCUGAAGGUCAUGCCCCUCAUUAUUUUAAGCUGGUAUCUGUUCAUGUGUUGAUUCGCCACGGUGAUAGGUAUCCUCUUUAUGCCAUUCCUAAAACCAAGAGACCCGAUAUUGACUGUACCCUAAUGGCCAGCAGAAAACCAUAUCACCCUAAACUGGAAGCUUUCAUCAGUCACAUGGCAAGGGGGACGGAAGGCCUGCUGGACGGCGCCCUGAGCAGCCUGCCUCUCUACCCCAGUCACUCCUUGUGUGAAAUGGGAGAACUCACCCAGACAGGGGUCGUGCAGCACUUGCGAAAUGGACAGCUGUUACGGGACAUUUAUUUAAAGAAGCACAGACUCCUCCCCGACGACUGGACGGCCAAGCAUCUUUACCUGGAGACGACUGGAAAAAGCCGAACUCUUCAGAGUGGGCUGGCCCUGCUCUACAGCCUCCUCCCUGACUUCGACUGGAAGAAGAUUAACUUUAGGCACCAGUGGAGCACCAUCUUUUGCUCGGGCAAUUGCGACUGCCCGAUGAGAAACCAUUAUCUGGAAGAGGAACAGCGGCGCCAGUACAGCUUGCGUGUGAAGAACAGCCUUUUGGAGAAAACCUACGUGGAGAUGGCCAGGAUAGUCGGCAUUCCCACACGGCAGCUGAGAGCCGCCAACCCCAUCGAUUCCAUGCUGUGCCAUUUUUGCCACAACGUCAGCUUCCCCUGUACCAAAAAUGGCUGCAUCGACCUGGAGCACUUUAAGGUGAUCAAGACGCAUCAGUUAGAGGAUGAGAGAGAGAGACGGGAAAAGAAACUGUAUUUCAAGUACGCCCGCCUCGCCGCCCACCCCAUCCUCAACCAAACGGUGAACCGCCUGCAGCGCAUUGCAGAAGGCAGGAAAGAAGAGCUUUUCGUCCUCUAUUCCGCCCACGACGUCACCUUGUCGCCGGUCCUCAGUGCCUUGGGGAUUUCCGAAGCCAGGUUCCCACGAUUCGCUGCCCGACUGGUCUUCGAGCUCUGGCAGGACGGAAAAAACCCCAGUGAACACUUCGUCCGCAUCCUCUACAACGGCGUGGAUGUCACUUACCGUACCUCUUUCUGCCAGGACCACCAUAAGCAUUCCAGCAAGCUCAUGUGCCCCCUGGAAAACCUGGUCCGAUUUGUCAAGAGGGACAUGUUCACGGUGUUCAACAGCAGUAGCUACUAUGAGGCGUGCCACAAGAGGGAAUUUUAAAAGGGAGUCGGUUCGGGUUUCACAAAAGCUGUGUGUGUAGAGGAGGGGUGAAUCGACCCUUCCUCCCGUCUUCCAGAGCUUUGUUUCCACCGCUAAGGGUACGCAAAGGUAGCGCUUUUAAAAACCUUUUAGGGUCUUAGUUCUUGUCCGGAUGGGUAGUCUUUGUGGAGAAGUAAGUCAUUUGCCACGAACCCCGGUUCACCGAGGAACAGUGGUGCACAGUUGCUAACCGGCUUAGCUCGAAAAGGGUGUUGGGGUUUCUUCUUCGGCCAGAGUACCUUUGGGUCACCACAGCACUUUGGUUUGCUCAUUGUCUGCCACUCUCCUGAAGUGAUUAACAUAGACAGCCAGCCCCCGCCCCUCAUUCGAAUUAAUUUGAAAUCCUCCCCAAACGAGUUGCCGGUUACAACUGUCCCCAAAGGGAACAUCAUUCCCGUUCCUCGUCUGCCAGGAGGCGAACUUCUUAGAGCGGCGGAUGUUUGGGAAAGGGUCCAACGCGGUCCUGAUGCUUUGAUUGCACUUUCAGCACUUUCACAACAAUCUGAACGUCCGCGAAACCUUGGCAUCGGCUCCUCCCGUCUGGGUGGCUGGACACGGAAUCCUUAGUUCAUAAGGAGUGAUAGAGAGCAGUAGCGGGAGAAAGGGAGCCGUAAACCAGAGCCAAGUUUGAUGCUAAAAUUUUUAGGAUAUUUAAGUUUUAGUAUGUUCGAGGUCAUGAAAAACAGACUGUGGUACAACCUAGUUAAAUGUCUUUCAACUAUGCGUUUAGUCGAAUUGCUGUUUGAAGCAGGAGAGUUUGGGUAAAAUUUUCAUAGUCCACUUGGUACUUUUAUAGUUUAGGAAAGUAUUUUCUAAGACCUUUCUUCUGUGCUGUCUGUAGGUACUUCUUACUUGUUUAGUUUACAAAGGGCUAUGAAAAGCUGUUUUUUGGGCACUUCCCCUUGACCAAUAAGCUUGAACAAAAGAGCAUCGAUGGGUAAUUAUCCAAACUGUAGAACUGAACCGGUUUUAGAACUGCUUUCAUCUGUUAUAGUAGUAAGUUCUGAUUUUACUGUCAAUGCAAACUUUUGGAGAAAGUUUCUUUACUAGAGAUUUAAAUAAUUUUGUAACGAUGGAUUUUUACGUUUAGAAAUCGAUCUAAUUUAGUCUGUGAUUUGUGAGCAUAGGUGCUAGAGGAAAUGUAACCUAUAAGUGAGAAUCCCUUCUCUCACUGCCAUUCCACCCUUUUCCUCUCUUCGCCCAAAGCUGCCUCCGAAUCCAUUUGUUUGCAUUAAUAAAUGUUAAGUUUGUUUCUACGA